GGAGAUUACGAUUUUAAAUUUAUAGCUUUACGAUUAUUGUGCCCUAAAUUAUGUAUUCUACGCGAAUGUUUCAUAUGAAAAAUAGCCCUUAAAACAGUUUUCAUGUUUACUUUUGAACCUACCAAUCAAUAUGUGGGACUCGCCUUAUUUAACUGGUUUGGUUCUGUAUAUAUUUUCUUUUCAAAUUAUCGCGAUUAAUUCUCGCACUUCCAAUAUUUGGAAAUUGGACGUUGAAGGAGGACAAAUCGUUGACGGUAACUCGUUGCCACAGGAUGCUAAUGAUAAAACCAAGAAUGGUGAGGAAGAUACAGUGUUUAACAUAGUUUCAUCAACUGUCUACUAUGGCAACACUUGGACUAAGCAUGGCUUUGACAUGUUUUGUACUGAUUGCCAGGUGUAUGAAAAGCAGAGGGCUAGUGGAGAAAACAAUGGCAACUCUGAAACAAGGGAAGCAAAUGGCAGCGAUAUUGAUGAUGAGUACUUGGACUGUGGCAAAUCUGUCAAUUUUACAUACUAUGACAACCUUGUGGGAGUACAAAGGCGUCACAGACAUCCUAAUGUACCGGAACCUCAGGUUGCCCUUAUAUUCACAAAAAAGAAAUCAUUUAAGAAUGGUGUGACAGAACUGGACAUAAUUGCGUUAGAGAAACGCUUGAAGAAAGCGAAAAGGGAGAAACCAAAGUCAGUGCAACUAUACAACCAAAUUGGUAACUUUUGGAGGAUCAAGGGUGAUACUAGACUGUCAAUUGAGUGCUUCCGACGGGCACUUGCAGUGUCACCAUAUAACUCUGAAGUGCUGCUAAACUUAGCGCGGGUCCUAUUCACGCUUCAAUACCUCGACGACGCGAUCUUUCUGACGCGACGCUCGCUGGAAGUGCAGCCGCCAGAUCGCAGCGCGUGGCAGCAGUACUUCACACUCGGCGAGAUAUUCAAAGCGUAUGGACACUAUCAGGAAGCGGCGGUGCACCUCAAACACGCACUAGACUUGCGACCAGACUUCGAGCCCGCGCUGGCCGCGUUGAAAGACAUGGAGAACACACCCGAGGCCUCUGUGCACGUGUACACGCUAGUUAUCAUCGUUUUCUUGGUGAUGGGCGUCCUGUUAGUGAUACUGUCGUCGGUCGACUGCGGCAGCGACGCGGACGAUCACAAAACGCAACAGCGUCACUUCAACCGCGCGAUGGCAAUGCGUUCGUUGCGCGGAGUUGCGUUACCGGGCUCCCGGGGACGUAAGAAAGGCGGCGCGUAAACCCCAACGGUAAUACACACGGCCCUGAGUUUACAACCUCUGCAAGUAGGAAGCAGGCGUUUUUCCAUCAUUAUUAUUGAUAAAGACGUUAGGGCGGACGCGUAACGGCCAGAAUACACCGAAGACAGCAGCGCAGAGCAUUUUAAUAUUUUAUUAUUUACCCAAUGUAAAUUCAAACGUAAUUAGUGGUAACAAGAUACAAAUUGUAAUUUGUAUCUUGUUACCACUCGAUCGACUCGAUCUCUAAACAUUGAAAUAUGUAUCUUAUUACUACUGCUUACGUUUGAAUUUACGUUGAUGGUUCUACCCUGUCGUCCCGGAGUAUGGUAGCUUUAACUGACAAGACGGCAUGACAAGAGAUUUAGGAAUGAUCAAUCAAUAAAUAAUCCAUAAUGACAUAAUCUUAAAGUUGAAAUUUAAAUGGACUCUGCCGAUUGCGUUAACUAACUUCCAUGAACGUGUUCAAAUAGCAAGAAUAGUUGCUACGACGCGAAACUGGAGCGGGACGUAUCACGAUGCCAGGAUUUUAUUUUUAUCUUCCAGGUUAAAAUACAAUUUAAAAAAGUAUAUACA